CUUGUAGACGACACUAUUAACAAAAAGCUGGGCUGGUGCGCGUCUCCAUUUCCUUGACCCACCACUCGUCAAGCGCGUAGUCGUAUAAGGCUUUCAUUAUGAAGCUUGGACUUAGGAUAUACGAAUGCCGUUGCCGGCAGCUGGUGGCUAGGGCUGCUGGGCGAGUUGGAGGAGCGGCAACCCGGCGGAGAGUUUGGAGCACAGUCGCUGCCCUAUCUGGGCAGGCCUCAGCUGCUCGGCCAGGGCCCGAGAAGCCGACUUCGGCAUGGCCAAACAUCACUCCUGUUAUAAAAGAGAAGAUUGCGAUGUUCGAGGGACUGCAGGGCGACGAUUUCAGGCAUCCGCUGGACCAGCAAAACACCAGCAUGCUGCGGGCGGUGCCGGGGCUGGAGAUGGUGGCCAAGAACUUCAUGGGCCCGGUGGCCGAGCAAGUGCUGCUGCUUGAGAACAUCAGCACCAGCAUCAAGAUCGGGCCGGAGCAGCUGCCCUCCAUACACAAGCUGCUGGUGGACGCGGCCCGUAUUCUGCAGAUGGAGCCGCCGGAGCUGUACGUGCGCCAGCACCCCGUGCCCAACGCCUACACACUGGCCAUCGCCGGGCACAAGCCCUUCAUCGUCAUCCACACCGCUCUGCUGGAGCUGCUCACGCCCUACGAGCUGCAGGCUGUUCUGGCCCACGAGCUUGGGCACCUCAAAUGCGACCACGGGCUGUGGCUGACGGUGGCCAACGUGCUGGCCAGCGGCACCGUGUCGGUGCUGCCCGUGGUGACGGGCAUGGUGCAGGAGGCGCUGCUGCGCUGGCUGCGGGCGGCGGAGCUCACCUGCGACCGUGCGGCGCUGCUGGUGGCGCAGGACCCCAAGGUGGUCAUCUCCGCACUCAUGAAGCUGGCGGGCGGCUCGCCCUCCUUCGCCUCCGAGCUCAACGUGGACGCCUUCCUGCAGCAGAGCCGCUCCUAUGAGGAGGCCACCAACAGCCUGCUGGGCUGGUACCUGCGCAACGCCCAGACCGCGGCGCUCAGCCACCCGCUACCGGUGAUGCGCGCCCGCGAGAUCGACCGCUGGAGCCAGAGCACGCAGUACAAGGGCCUGGUCAGCAAGAACCGCAACCACCGAGUCCAGGUCAUGACCUCGCCGCAGCAGCCGGGGCAGGGCGGUGCCGGCGCCGGCGGCAUGGGCUCUGCCAGCGGCAGCGGCAUCGCGGGCGCUGGGUCAGGGACCGGAGGCGGCGGCGUGAACGGCGUGGGUGGCAUGGGCAGCGGCAUGAGCGUGGCUGGCGUGGGCGGGCAGGUCUACAACAUGGUCCGCUCGCCCGCGCCGCUGCACGCCAGCAGCCCAACCGGCGCCACCGGGGGGCCCGUCGGCGGCAGCGGGAGUGCCGGCGGCGGCGGCCGGGGCGGCUCCGCCGCCGCUGCGGCCAUGCCUGGUGGCCGCACCGCCGCCGCGGCGGCGGCGGCCGCCGGGCCUGCGCCGAUGGGCCCCACGGCGGGUGGUGGUGGCGCUGCGCGCCCGCCGCCCAUGAUGACCCCCGCGGGCCUGUGGGGAACGUCGCUGGGUGGCGCCAAGCCGCGGCGGUGAGGCCGCAAGGCGGUGGGGCUAGGAGCAGCUGCAGUUGCGUUUGUUCAUGCCGCUGACGUGUGACAGAUGUGGCGUUUAACGUGCUGCUCGCUAGCUUGCAGCUUUGCGGUGUCGCAUGCAGGCGAUCUAGGCAUGCAAUUGCUCGAGGUGUGGAAAUGGCUUCAUUACCAGUUUGCCAGUUUACCGCACGGCUACCAAACAGUUUUGUCUUACAGUUCGUGUGACCAUGACAGUUGACACGUAUCCAUACUCGCAUCCCAGCAACCGCACUUGACACCGGCAUGUGCAUCGCCGUGCGCAAUCAACAUCAGCGUAUGUUGAUCGGCAAAACAAACGGGGCCAGCUGCAAAUGAGUUUCACGCUAUGUGGCGUGGGUGACAUGCGUCGGUGACGUUCGUCUGUGUAUUCCCGAGAUUGCAUGUGUGCGCCUGGGGCGAACUGUCGGAACACUGUGACGGUGUGCAUCUUAGGAGCCGCACGUCUCUGUGUACGUGUACGGCGCUGGCAGCAGGUGCGCUGAUGGCGGUGAUGGAGCAGUUGGUGUGUCCAUGAGCGUAUUGGCAAGGGAAACUGUGUGUGCGUGUUACUAUUCUCCUAUAUGCCCCGCAAGUGAUGGGGCUGAUGGCAACGGGUCAAGUGAGUUCAAGGGGCGGUUGCUCUAGGGGAAGCCGCACGGCAGGCGGCUGCUGUACGGGCGGCGAGAUGGGCGCAUGGGGACGAGGAAGGUAGGCCCCGGCGGCGGUGCACGGUUGUGUUGUUGAGCUCCGUGGCAUGCCGUCAGUUGCUAUUGGUGUUGUUGUGUGUUCGUAUGUGUGUCCGCACCAUUGCGUGUGUGUCGUAUCAGCUGCAGGUGAGCAUUGCGGUGAAAGGGAAAGUGGCAUUAUGAAGCCAAGGACGGGCCUCCAUUGCCCGACUGGUGACUGCUUACGCUUUUCGCUACGUGUUGGUAUUUUGUGUCGUAGCGCUGGAGGGCUUACGUGGGUGCAAGAAGUGCAAGACGUGCAACAUAGCUGUGGGUUUAACUAAGCAGUUUGCGUGGGUUUUUGUACCAUAACACUGCAAGCGGCGGCUUUGGCUCAUCUCCACAAUAGAGCCAAAUGAACCGCUUACUGCGCAGCGCUAGGGGGGCCACACGCCACACGGCUACAAACGAGGACCUUUCGUUCAGCCGUGGUCAGGCACAGAGAUAUGCAGGCGCUGUGAUGGAGGUUGUGGGUGCGCGGUUCGAUGGCUCUUUGUAUGAUACGGUGGAACGUGUGUAGGUCAUCAAGGGCCGGGGAAUGGUGCAGGCGGAGGAGGCGCCACGUUGGCCGAAAGCGUUAAGGCGCUGAGGCCUGGGGUUCCAUGAAUCACUGGGAGACGGUGUGAGAGACUAAGGAAGUACUUAUGUUGGUGAAUGUGGCUGGGCUGUUCCUGGCUGCCGUGCUUGUGUUGGUCGGCCCUGGAUGCGGCGCUGUGGCAGCAGGCCUUGGAGUUUGAUGGGGCCCGGCGCGAGGCGCAGCGGUGACAGCAUCUGCAGGGGCCAUAACAUGCGCUCCCCCUAGCAUGUAAGGAGGUCUCUUU